GGAAAGCUUACAAAGUAAUCUGUACGAACUACUACCAAGAUAUAGCGAGAAAAAAUUAUACUUUUGAGUAUGGAAAAAUUGCUCGCUUUGGAAACAAAACAGUUUUCCUGGGAUGAAGAUCAAUUGAACAAUGCAAUCGCUCUGGAUGGCGGAAUCACAGAUAAAGCCUGGAUUAUUCGCGAAAAGCGUCAAGAUGGUGCGCCGAAGAAGUCCACAAAAGAGGUUCUUCCGAGGGCGCUAAUUAGCACGAUCCCGAAUAACAAAAAAGAAGAGUUGAUUAUGACAACCGUGACGUCACCAAUAAUUAUCAAAGAUAUAACUACAGAAGAGGUAGUCGAUACCGUUAAUAAAUAUAGGAAAAACCUGUUGAGUGAAAAACAAUUUGAAACGAUAUCGCCUCCAAUAAAAGAUUAUACUUCCUCAGAUAACGUGGUUAAAGUGAUUGAGGAGUAUAGAGAAGAGAUAAUGGUUGAAUACGAUAAAGUGGCGUUACCAGUUAAAGCUAAUGAGGCAGACGACAAGAUAAGAGUCUACGAUGAAAAUCACCCAAUUAGUAAAGCUAGGAUUGCUUUAUUCGAAAAACGCGUUGGCGACAAAAAGGGGAAGAAGUCAGAGCGUUCCACAAAUGGAGAAAAAACUGUGUCUCUGAUAGAAAUACAUGAAUACAACAAAGUUAACGCUGAUUGUACUAAACGAUUACCAUCACAAAAUCAAAAGUAUCCAUUUACUUUUUCAAACCGUAACCCAUUUAUAAUAGGUCCAGGUAAUGGUUUUUCAUCAUCGUCGGACGAUGAAGAACAUAUAAAAGAAGUCAAGAAGUGUAUAAAGAAAAAACAGGGAACGCGAAGUGACACGGAAUACGAAGAGACUGGAGAAGGCUUUAGAGAAGUUAAAAAAGAAAAAAAACCCUGGGCCGGGAAACCUGGAAGCAGGAUGGGCCGUAAAAAGAAGAAAAAGGGUCAAAACAAAAAAUAG